GCGCGGGCAAAAUGCAAUAGUUAUAGUGCAAAUAAAUUGUUGACUAACGAACACUAAUCAACAACAAAGAAGAGAAACUCGAUUUGAUUGAAGAAACAAAAAAGUUAUAAAAACAAAUCACAACAAUUAUUAUUAUAAUCAACAAUAAAAAAAGUGCAACAAAUGUGCAAUAAAAUAAUAAACAUUUAAAUAAAUAACGAGUUUACAAACGCCGCUGUGUUCAUUGCUUUUUUGUUGGCAAUUAUUAUUGUGCGAUGCAAAACAUUUUUGAAUUAAUUAUUAUAAAUCGCCAGCUAGACACUAGAAUGGCAUAACAAUUUAUUCAACAAAACGUUGCUGCAAUACAUUAUACAAAAAAAAAAAAAAUAAACAUUCUCUAUUAAAAUAGCUAGUAAAAGUUGAAAAAAUAAAAAUAAUACGGUUUGCUGUGAAGGAUUAUAAAGAAUUUUUGCGCGUUUAUUGACUAUAAACACACAAAGUGGAGAAAACAUUCCCAGUCAUGGUGAUAAGCUUGUGCUAACUAGCCCCCAAGAAUAAAAACAAAAGACAAGGCAUUUAGCAUGGUGCGACGUAAUGUUGCCGAGCAACAGAACACCAUUAACAACAACAACAACAACAAUAACAGCACCACAAGCCACAACAACAACAACAAUCACAGCAACAACAGCAAUGCGGGCAGCUGCUCUUCAAAAGCAUCGUCAACGGCGAGUUUAAAUAGCAUCACGAACUCAACGUCGCCACCUUGCAACAUUGUCAUGUUGCAGGCAGCCCCAUUGCCAGCAGCUGCCGCUGUGCAGCAGCAACAUUUGGUAGCAACGGCAGUGAGACCAGCACCACAGCAACAUCCCCAACAGCAGCAACAACAGCAGCAACAAUCGCCAUCGGACGGUUCAAAUUGUUCGCUGCCAGCGUCGCCGCCGUUGCUGCAACAGACGGCGACGCCGCCGCAGGGUGCACAAUUGGUGCCGCCAGUGUGUGCGCUGCAUCAUCCACAGCAGCAACUGGCUCUGCUGGCGGCCAUGCAACAUCAGCAUCAUAUGCUGCAAGCACCGCCGCCACCUCAUGCAGCACCACAUCAACAUCAACACCAACACCAUCAACAGCAGCAGCAACAACAACAACAGCAGCAGCAGCAACACCAUCAACAGCAGCCACACGAGAACGGACAUGGCGGCAUCUCGCCCAAUGGCGGGUCUGGCGGCAGCUCCGCCAGCAGUGUGAGCAGCGUCUCCAGCAGCAAUGGAGGAGGCGGAGGCGGGGGAGUUGGAGGUGGGAACAGCACAAAUGGCAUUGGACCGCCAGUGGCAGCUGCAUUGCCGCCUGGACCGGUCUAUAUACAGUAUCCCGGCGAAUUCUUUCCAUCGGAAUACUAUAUUGCGCCGCAUCCGCACGAGGGUAUCUGUCCACAGCAUCCGCAUCACCCGCAUCCGCAUUCGCAUCAGCAUCAGCAUCCGCACGCGCAUCAGCAUCAUCAUCAGCCCAUGUGCGCCAUCUCGGCGGAAUAUGGUAAGACACAAGCAAAGAUGUUUAACAUUGCGCAUACGCCCUGUGGCUGCCAGCGUCCAACACCCGUUCAAAUGGUUUCUCACAAUCGACCGCCGCCGACAAUGACGGUGCCGGUGCAAGUGCCGCCGUACGUCAACGAGAAUGGAACACUAACCCACGUGGUGCUGCCACCGCAGCAAUACCAACAAUUGCAUCCCGGACAGGCUCAUCUGCAUGCAGCACCAUUUAUAAGCGCCAAUGGCACUUCGCAUUUCUAUACGCCCUUGCCUGGCUUCCCACCUGGACCAGGACCAGCUGGCAAUGGACCACCCCACUAUCAUAUGCCAGCGCCGCCGCCGCCACCAACAGCGCAGCAGCAGCAGCAGGCCACGUCCACAGGCAGCACAGGAGCGGCAGGAGGAACAACAACGUCAUCACAGUCGCAUUUACAUUCCCCGCACUCGCCAUCGCCGCCCAACUACAGAGACGAGCGCAGCCAGCGGCAGCACACGAAGCUGCUGCGCAAGUUGGAAAAGCAGCGCGAGCUGAACUCUGCCAUGUCCACGCCCACGCAUUCGCCAUCGCCACGACGCAACGACAUCAAUGGACAUCACAACAACAACACCAACAACAUUCCAAUGGCACAACACAUGCACAACAAUGGACGUCGUAUAGCGCAGCAACAACAACAGCAGCAGCAACAACAUCAACUGCAUCAGCAGCAGCAACAACAACAGCUUCCACAACAGCAACAACAACAACAACAACAACAGCAGCGCAAUGGCCACGUUCCUAAUCGCGGUGGCAACUCUGUGGGCACCUCAGAGGAUGGUGAAGACAACUCGAGCUUGGCCGCCGAAGAUGAGGAAGACUAUCAGUCGUCGAUUGUCGAACAAAUCUCGGCCAUUGAGAAACCCGAUGUUAUCGAAGUCAGUUCGAGGUCGGCGAAAAUCAUUUGGGUAUCGCCAGCGAUCACAGAUGCCAUGCUGGUGGAUCUGCAGGAGCUGCGCUACGAGGUGCUGCUCAGCGACACGGGCAAACAGUGCAAAUACAAGAGUCUCUAUCGAGGCGAGGCAUACGAGUGCAUUGUGCAAGAUCUGCAGCCAGGCCAGGAGUAUCUGGUGCGUCUGCAGGUGCACUACAAGCAGCUCCAGGGGAGCGUCAGCGAACCCACCGAGUUCAAGACUCCCGCCUGCGAACCAGAUCAACCUCUUGCCCCCAAACUGGUGUCGCGCACCAAGAAUUCGAUCAAUCUACGCUGGACAGCGCCCUCCUACAAUGGCGCCUUCAUCCAGCACUAUCUGCUGGAGUAUGACGAGGGAAGGGGCAAUGCGCUACAGUUUGUGGAACUGGCCAAAACGAAGACCAAACACUAUUUGAUUAGCAAGCUGCAACCGACCACCGUUUACAGUUUUCGUCUGGCCGCCGUCAACGAGGUGGGCCAGUCGCUGUACUCGCCAGUGAUUAGCUACAGCACUGCGGGCAAUCCACCCACAGCGCCCAAGGCUCCCCAGCUGCAGGCAUGCACGGCGAGCUCGCUGCGCCUGGUGUGGGAACGUCGGGCCCAAGACGGCGACUUUCUGCUGCAGCUGCAGGACCUCGAAUCGGGUCAUGGCUACAUGAACAGCUACAAGGGCAGCGACACACACUACGAUUGCCUGCAGCUGCGACGCGCCACCAGCUAUCAGUUUCGAUUGCGCGCCGAGAACGAUGCGGGCGUCUCGCCCUGGUCCGCCGAGGUCAGCUACAACACAGCCGCGGAGCGUCCUGGGCGACCGGGCAAACCGCAUGCCAAAGGCAAGCUGCAUGGCACACACUUUAAGGCGCGCUGGGAGGCGCCUGCGGACACUGGUGGCGCCGACAUCUUGCGCUAUCACCUGGAGUUGAGUGCGGGCGCCAAUUUUGAGCGCAUCUAUACUGGCAGCGAAACGGAAGCGAUGUGCGAGCGUCUGCAGCCGGGCACCACGUACCAGUUGCGUGCCUGCUGCGAAGGACCUGCUGGUCAGAGUCCCUUCUCGGACAUUGGCAACGUGACCACCGAGGCGGUGACGCCCACAGCGCCACCUCCACCGCAUUGCGAUGCGCCGCCCACGCCUUAUGCGGCGCUGUUACGCCUCAAUCAGCCGGAGUACAAUGGCGGUGCCCCGGUGCUGGAGUUUGAGACGCAAAUGCGUCAGCUGGACGAGGCGACGCCCAAGAGCGUGUAUCGCGGCAAACAGGACUAUUUUGUGGCACAACAACUGCAGCCCGGCUGCAUCUAUGAGGUGCAAGCGCGUGCCAUCAAUCGCAUUGGCGCUGGCAACUGGUCGCAAUGGAUGCGUUUCACAGCAGCCGCCGCACCUCCCGGCGCACCUGAAGCCCUGCAAGUGCUGGUGAAAUCGGCCACACACUUGAGCGUCAGCUGGCAGCCACCACAGGUGACAAAUGGUUCCGCGGUGAGCGGUUACAAUUUGCAGAGUGCCAGUCAGCAGUGUGAGGAACCCGAAGCGGAGCCAUCGAGCACACAGUUCCAUGGCUGCUACCAGGGAGCCCAGACGAAUGUGGAGCUGCGCAAUCUAUUGCCCUACACACGCUACUAUCUGCGUGCGCAGGCGAUCAAUGCCGCCGGCUCGGGGCCAGCCACCGAGGUGGUUUGCGUCUCAACGCCAGCUGCUGUUCCCGGUGCACCACAGAUGCAGGGCUACGAGUUCACUGCGCAAGAAGUGACACUCAACUGGACACAGCCGGCGACGCAUGGCAGCGAGAUCUGCAGCUAUAACAUUGAGUACGGCGAGCGUACGAUUGCCACGCCAGAUGCCUGCACCCGUUACACCGUUGUGGAUCUAACGCCCGAGACGAGCUACAAGUUCCGUGUGCAGGCGGUGAAUGCCAUCGGUGCGGGAGCCUUUAGUGCCUAUGCCAAGUUGACAACGCAACCGGCGCCGCCUUCGCCGCCACGUCUGGAGUGCAGCGGUGCGGGACACAAUUACAUCAAGCUCAAGUGGAACGGCAACAACUCGGUAUCAUCGGCGCCUGGAGUCGACUUUACCAAGUACUUUGUGGAGAUGUAUGUGGCGCGUGCCAAGCAAUUCCAGAGCGUCUAUGCGGGCACCAAUAGCAUGUGCAAGAUCCACAAGCUGCAGGAGCGCAGCAGCUACACAUUCCGCAUCUAUGCGCACACCGAUCGUGCCGGCGAUGGUGACUACUCCGAGGAGUACGUCUUUGCCACCACUGCCACGCUGCCGGCAAAUAUUAAAGCACCUCGCGUCGUGCCCGACAGCAGUGUCUGUGUGAUGGAUCAGGCCGGACAGCUGGCGAUGCAGCUGACACUCGAGUGGCAGCACUCGAAGAACAGCUUCCACGAUCGUGUCGAGUAUCAGUUGCAGUAUGCAGUGGUCACCGCUGAACUGGAUGCCCUCGAGUCGCCCAAGACGCGUGGCACGAACGACAGCAACGUAGCGCCCAUUGCGCUGAGCAAUCAGGAGUAUCGACAACUCUAUCGCGGUCCCGAGACCAAGUUCACCAUUGACAAUCUGGCUGCGGGCACCUGUUACCAGUUUCGUGUCUGCGCUGUGCGUGUCACAUCAUCGGGCGAGCUGUUCCCCGGCCAGCCGUCGACAGCGCUGCGCUAUCGUGUGCCCAACGAGCUGACGGCCAGCCCCUUGGCCUGCCAUCAUUUGCAUGGCGCUAAUGCAGCGGCUGCGCCCGCCCAGCAGCGCAACAGUCGGAAAUUGUCGGCGAGCAAUGGCUCCAACAUUAAUGGAUUGCGUUCGGUGAGUGCGUCGGCCAUCAGCGGCAGCUGCGGCGUUGGCGCCGAUCCUCAGGCGAUUAGUCGCCUGCAGAAUGAGCUAUCUGGUGGCGGUGGCAGUGCAACGUUCAAUGCAUGCGGCGAUCCACUGCAUCAUCACCAUCAUCACCACCAUCAUCAUCAGCAUCCGCAUCAGCAUACGCAUCAGGCGUGUCCCGUUGAACUGGCCACCGGCAAUGGCAAUGGCAACGGCAACGCAGCAUCAGCAGCAUCCAUAGCACCAUCCUCCACACUGCAGUUGCGCGGCAAUAGCGUGGCCGCGCAUCAUAUGCAUCAUCAACAUCAUUUGCAUCACUCGCACAUGCAUCAUUCACACUAUGCGCACGCCUCGGUCGGUGCUGGAGCGAGCAGUGGCAACGGUGGCAAUGGCAGUGGCAGCAACAGCAGCGCCAGCAGCAGCAGCUACAGCUACAACAGUCUGGCACAUGGCGGAGCAGUGCGUCGGGUCAUCUCUAAGCUGACGGCACUCUACUACAAUCGCAAGCGAUUGACGGAUCAACAGAAGGCGGUCUUCUUUGUGGUCUCCUUUGUGUUUGUCACCUUCCUGGUCGCCAUGCUGGUGCACAUGCUCUGGGGCUAGAAAAGAGAGAAGGAGAAAGAAAGAGAGAGGAGAGAGAGAAUAGAGUAAUAGUAGGGGGAAGCACACUUGAUGUUUGAUGUCUCAAAUAAGUGAUCGUCGAUUGCCUAGUAAUUACACAUUGUAUUUGUAUUUUUAUAUAUAUUAUAUGUAUGUACGUAUACGUAACGUGUCAACAACCAACCUGUAAAUUGCCUAAACAAAACGAAAGAGAAAACAUCCAAGAGAAAUAUGUAAGCAGAACACUCACACAUACCUUUACAACUUUAGCCAGAACUGUAUUAAAUGUACACACAAUACUAUAAUGGAUCAUGAUGAUGUUGAUUAAGAUGAUGAUGAUAAUGAUGAACGUUCCCUUUUUGCCGAGAUCAAAACCAUUUACAAUUACCAAUUAAUGAAUUAUUCAUGCAUGCAUACAUACACACAUGCAUAUACGUAAAUGUUUUGUAAAUGAUAUGCUAUUUACUUAAAGAAUCUAUAUACAUAUACAUCUCUAUAUAUAUAUAUUUAUAUAUGUAUACAUACAUAUAUAUAAUUGUUUGUUACUAAUCGAAUCACAAACAUAUGCUUCUAUGUAUAAUAAUUAAUUUACACAGACACACACACACAAUCACACAAAUCUCUCCAUAUGUGCUAUAGCAUUCAGUGCAACAACAAAAACAACAACAACUAAUUCUCAAUGUAUGUGUACAUAAGAAAACCAAAACAAACCGAUAACAACAACAAAUUAACGAAUAAUGAAGAAAGCGAUUUAAGUAUAAUCGAGAAACUUUAGAAAAAAACCAAAAGAAAGCGCCUAUCGAUAAUCGACUCGAUGACUCGAUAACUUGUUGCAUAUGUACUAUAUAUAUGUAUGCAUGUAUGUAUGUGUGUGUGCGCUGCAUGUUACUAAAAGCUAAUUGCUGCGAAACUUGUUAAAUGCAAAAAAUCCGAAUAACGAAAAGUAUGAAUUUAUUAGUCUCUAUUCCUAGUAUACUAUACUACUUAACUGCAAUCGCAACUGCAUCCAAAAUACAUUUGUAUGUAAGUAUGUAAUGUUUACACAAAUUACACAAUUUUCAAAUUGUUCUCUCGAUUUGCCAAUCGCUAGAUAAACGUCCUUCCUCUUCCGACAGCGCAACCAGCUUUUUUCAUUCUUCAUAAAACCAAAACAACUAUUAUCCCAAAUUUAUUACGAUAAACAUUAUAAAACGAAACAAAAAAUGAAAAAAAGCAAGCCUCAAUUCGUGGGCUGCUGCAUAAUAUGCAAUACGAAACAAAAUAGUAAUAAUAAUGAAGAAAAAAUAAGAUAAAUUGUACUAACCAAUUAUUCCAGAGCUUACAUGAAUAUGUUGUCGGUGUUAAUGUCAUGUUAAUGCAAAAUCAAAAAUGAUAAAACAAAAAACCAAAAUUAUUGGUCAAUUUUUGACUCUCAUCCAUGUGCGUGCUAUACACAUAUAGCCAAUCCCAACUAGACAAGGCUCUCAAAUCUACACACACACACACACACACACAACUCACACACUCUUAUAAAAAUACACACUAUACAAGAAAAAUACAACAAUUUAAGAAAAGAAAAUAUAGUAUAUAAAGCACUUAUAUACUACAUUUUCUUUUGCAUGUUUAUAAAUAUAUUUUUUACACAAAAAAUACAAAAAAAAGAAAAACGAAAACAAAAAACAAAAGAUGAAAAUAUUUAGUAUAUAUAUGAUGAGAAUAUAUUUGAAAUUUAUAGCCUAAUGCAACGCAAAGUGAUUUAUAUUCCAAUUAUUAUUAUUUUUCUAAAUAAAUAAAUUAAUGUAAUCGUUUCUUUCCAUAGUUUAAUAUAUAUAUACAUAUAUAUAUAUUAUAUAUGAAAAAUCGAAAGAAUAAAUUUAAAACAACAAAACAAAACAACAAAAAUGCAAAAAAAAAAAACAAACAAAAAAUACAAAAAACAGAAAAAGAAAAAACACAAUA